AUGAUAUCCUCAAUCCCGAUACGCUUAGUUCACGUGAUCUACCCGCUCUGUAUCAAUUUGCUCUAUGCUGUCUUCACCUUUGUCUUCUGGACAAGUGGUGCCCCUGGUCCAAGUGGAAAGGGCACCAUCUAUGAACAAAUCAAUUGGUCCAGACCCAUCAUGGCCAUCGUCGCCUGCCAAUUAGUCAUCAUUCUCAGUCUGCUGAUACACGUAAGGUCCGGUUGGUACUGA